AUGCUUGUGCUGUACGUCCUUGGGCGGCACCCGGCACACGGCUACAACUACUCUGCCGCGCUGCAGGAGGAGGCGGCGCUGUGGAACGACGUGGUCGCGCUGCCGAUGAAUGAGGGCCGUGUGACGACGAACAAGACCAUUAUUGGCCGUGGCAACUGGGGCUCUGAGGCGGAGAUUGGUAUGAGUCGUAAGGUGUACAUGUGGCUUCACUUGGCCCUCCGCACGUUCCCCACCGCCAGCUACCUUGCGAAGGGCGAUGACGACAUGUUCCUCCGUGUGCCGCUCUAUGUGGCCUUCCUGCGCCUUCUGCCGCGCCGGGACAUCUACAUGGGGUAUCAUGUGGGUGUCGGUUUUGUAUGGGGAAAAAUAAGAUUGCCUGGUGUGAACUUCAUGGUGGGCUGGUGCUACACGAUGUCGAGAGGCGUGGCGGAGGCGCUGGUGUCGUACGAGCCGCUGCGGCGCCUGGUCUACCUGCCGUACACCAAGGAGCGGGAGGAGGAGUUUGCCUCGCUACGGCUUCAGCACGAAGACAUCAUGGUUGCGUGGGUUCUGGUGAAUGAGGUGAAGUACACGCCACUGAUUCACGUGAAGGUGCUGGGCUGUCAUUUCCAUGACAGCCGCAACGGCACGGGGCACUCGCAGGUGGUGUCGACCUCCAUGUGUGUCCACCAUGUACAGGAGGACGACUACGCUGCGCUCAUGGCCCGCUUCGGCCACGACACGUCGCCCCCCGCCCGUAUACGACGGGCCUCGGGAGAUACGAUAUACCCGCUGUGCGAUUGA